AUGCCCAACUCAUCUUUGUGCACAGAGGCAGACAUCAUCAGAAAGGUGGACGGGCACUAUGUACCCGGCCCUAGGUUUGCUAGGGGGAGCUGUACUGUCUCAGUAAUCUGGUUUUGCCAUCAAAGAAAGGAGGGGGGGACAGGUGGUGACGAGCUGAUUGGGCUGGUUGACCCUUCGGCGCGAGAAUCUCCAGACCGAGAACCCUAAGUGCAACGAGGGAGAAAGCGAGGAACCGACUGGGAAGGACAGCAACGAGAGCGUGUACGAGCGGUGCGGGUCGAGUUUGGUCGUGCUAGGACUGGCCACAGCGGCACCGGAGCAGCGCGGAACCGGAGCAGCGGAACCGGAGCAGCGGAACCGGAGCAGGCGGACGGCAUCGAACCGUGGCGC